CCGGACCAGAGGAUCGGGAUAUGAAAGAUGGCAAGUCCAGACAGAAGUAAACGGAAGAUAUUAAAAGCCAAAAAAACAAUGCCUGCCAGUUGCCGGAAACAAAUAGAGAUCCUCCAUAAGUCAAAGAAUGUUGAAGCACUGAAAACAGCAGCAAUUGGGAAUAAUGUGUCAAGUGAUAAUCAGAAUUCAAGUGUUGUCAUAAAUAACAAAUGUAGAGAUUCUGAAAAUGAUGUUUCCUCAUUGGACUCUAAUAAAAAUUCAGCAUGCUCACAAAAAAGUGAAGUAUCUUCUCAGAAUUCAAUAAAACCACUAGAAAUUGAUUUGGAAACAAGAUCGCAAUCCACUGAAGAACAAGCUGUAUGCCCUUACCAAAAGCCAAGUAAACCAAUAGAAUCUCCCAGGAAUCUGUCUACACAAGAGGCAAAAGAUUCACAAAACACUUCUGAAAACUGUAACAAGGCAAAUGUAAUAAGAUCCUGUUUUGAACAACAGGAAGAGGAUUGUAAUCUGAAAUCCACUAGUAACCAACAGAGUGUAUUGAGUAGUAUAGUUCAAAUGUCAAAUUCUGCAGUAAUCAAUACCUUGGAUAAAAGAGUUUCCCAUUUAGAAACAAACUCCAAUUCUGCAUCGCAUGAUAAAAGGCAAAAUGACAUUUUGAUUUUAAGUUCAGACAACCAUUUUGUGCCUGUUGAUAAAAUUCCUACAGCAGUAAAUUCAGUCAUUUAUAGUAACUGUACUGCUGACAGUUUGAAAAGUGAAGACUCCUAUAGAACCUAUCAUUCUAUCAUUUCAAAUGGUGAAAAUACAGAAUCAACAUGGCUGUCAUCACUUGACACAGAUAGUAAUAACAGCCAUAAUCAUAAGAAGAGGAUGUUUUCAGAAAACAAAGAAAAUGUUAAGCGCCUGAAAACUUCAGAGCAAAUUAAUGAAAAUUUUUGUGUAGCUCUGGAAAAGCAAACAGCAUUGCUGGAACAGGUCAAACAUUUGAUUCAACAGGAGAUCUAUAGUAUACAUUACAAACUAUUUGAUAACAAACUAAAAGAAUUGACUGAACGCAUUGGGAAGACACAGUGCAGGAAUAAACAUGAAGCAAUAGCUGAUGAACUCUUCGCAAAAAUAGCACAACUUCAAAGACGUAUUAAAAAAGUAUUGUUAUCUGAAAGGAAUUGUUUGGAACCAAACAUGUCAUCCAGUAAUACAUCCUUUAAGGUUGCAAACUCAGAGACUCUGAAUUUGGAUAAGAACCCAGUUAAUAGUCUAGAUGAAAGAAAGGCUCCUGUGAACUCUGGACCUUCCAACCCUUCAGAAAAAGCAAUUGAAAAGAUCGAUUUGUCACAGGAUCAUGAUGAGGCUGUUUCUGGAAGUAAUAACGAUGAUGUUCUGUUGAUUUCUGUGGAAAAUCCUAAUUUGACAACACCAAUUACAUCAAAUCUAACAGAUACUGGAAAAAUUACAUCAGGAAAUUCUAAUUCAUCUAAUGCUGUUACUGAAGUUAUGGCUGUAGAGGAAAAGAGUCUUGAUUUUGUGAUUGAUCUGACUAAAGAAGGUCUAUCAAACUGCAACACAGAAAGUUCAGUAUCCAUGCUGGAGUCAUAUAUGAAAUCUGUGUCAAUCUCAAAAGAGACAACACCAAUGGCCCAAAAUGAAACCCAGGUUCCUGAGUCCUUUGAGCAUCUGCCACCUCUCCCAGCACCACCACAAUCACUACUGGAUCCGGUAGACAAAGUUCGAGACACACUUCCUCCCCAGAAGACUGAGCUCAAAGUGAAACGGGUGCUGAAACCCAGGGGCAUUGCCCUGACUUGGAACAUCGCCAAGAUCAAUCCUAAGUGUGCUCCUGUGGAAAGCUACCACCUCUUCCUGUGCCAUGAGAACCCUGGUAUUAAGUUAAUUUGGAAGAAAGUUGGAGAAAUUAAAGCUUUACCACUCCCAAUGGCCUGUACUUUAUCUCAGUUUUUAGCUUCUAACAGAUAUUAUUUUGCACUCCAAUCAAAAGACAUUUUUGGGCGAUAUGGACCAUUUUGUGAUAUAAAAGCUAUCCCUGGAUUUUCUGACAUUCUUACAUAA